AUGUUGCUUGAAGACCAGCGAUUUAUCCACGAGGAUCUGGAGAGACUAGAGCAAGCGAUUGCGGAUCGCGUUGCUGAAGAACCCCGAAACAUUCGUGAACGCUUAUCUCGCGACCAUGAGAUUGCUCAUUUCCUUGGGCGCAUAGACGACCAGUCCAAAAGAUUACUCGAAAUCUACAAAAGUACCGAUGGCGAGCGCGAAAAAGAGAUCCAGGGCCUCUCCACGGGCGACCAAUUCGAAGAAUUCUACAAGCGACUAGACGAGGUUAAGGACUUUCACAGGCGUUAUCCCAAUGAGCCCGUGGAGAACCUUGAGCGAGCGUACAAACGCCGGCAACCAGGAGAGGGUGAGCCGACAGGGAUGGAGAUCGACACAAUGUUCACUGGCGAAGAAGGCUAUGGACAAUUUCUCGAUCUUACACGGCUGCACGAGGAAUACCUGAAUUUACCGGGUGUUAAGAGGUUAUCAUACAUACAAUAUCUUGACAUAUUCGAUGCUUUCACCCCCCCGCAACUGCCGAUCAAACGGAACAAUAAGCUUUCUGACAAAUAUUUCCAGUACGCCGGAGAGCUGGCGAAUUAUCUCGAAGAGUUCAUCAAGAAGUCUAGACCUCUUCAAGACCUGGACAAGCUCUUCGCUAGCUUUGACGAAGAUUUCGAAAAACAGUGGGCGGCAAAUGAAGUUCCUGGAUGGACGGAAGAGAACGCGAGCAAUGGCACAGUGGGUCCACAAACCGAAGGGUCUGGGGAAGGCACAUGGUGUGCGGACUGCGAGAAGGAGUUCAAGAACGAGAACGUUUACAAGAAUCAUUUGACGGGCAAGAAGCACAUUCGAGCCGCAGAGGCUCGUAAGGCCGCUGGGGAUUCGGCGGACCGAUCCGCGCCGUUAGCCGGCAGCGGAAGCUCCGUGGCUCAUCGCCUGAAGGAACGAGCAGUAGCGGAGCGCGAGCAUCGUGUCCGCUCACUAGCGAAAACUCUAGAUAACGAGCGACAAGCAACGAAGAUCAAUGUUGAGCGGAGGCAGGGUAUGACGGAGAGGGAACGACAGAUGGAAUUGGAGGCAAUGCUCGCAGAAUCUGACAAUGUUGGAGGAGACCGUGCAGCAGAAUCCGAUGAAGAAGGCGAAGACCGAGUCUACAAUCCCCUUAAACUUCCGCUUGCAUGGGAUGGCAAGCCCAUCCCUUACUGGCUGUACAAGCUGCACGGCUUAGGUGUCGAGUACUCCUGCGAGAUCUGUGGAAACUACGUGUACAUGGGUCGCCGUGCAUUCGACAAGCACUUUUCAGAAGCCUUGCAUAUCUUUGGACUGAAGUGCUUGGGUAUUACCUCGAACACCAAUCUUUUCCGUGAGAUUACGAAGAUCGACGACGCCAUCCGACUGUGGGAGAAGCUGGAGCAGGAGCGCAAGAAGGACAGAGAUCUCAAAGACAAUGUGGUCCAGAUGGAAGAUGCGGAGGGCAAUGUGAUGCCAGAAAGGAUUUAUCUCGAUCUGCAGAAGCAAGGUAUUCUCUGA